AUGGUGCCCCUGUCUAAACAGGUCAUGAAAGAUGACUUGCGCUGCAGUUUCAACGCCCGUUCCACCGGAAAGCUGUUGGAAUCGGCUGCCUUGGCCAAGCGUCCAGAUUUGGCAGAGAAGUGGUUGACGGCCUUUUGGCCACCAGGUAACCGCUCCUCCUUUGCCUGGGAGCUAUCCUUGGGGCUUCCAGUGGAUGACGCGGCUGUCAGUAUUCUUGCGCUGAGCUUCUGUCGUUCCAACCUGCUGGAUCCCUGGCGCAGCCUAUGUUGGCUACUGCGUUGGCACAGCGACAUGGCCCUGGAGCAGCGCAGGCAUUGCCAAGCUGCCGUGCUGGCUGCCUGGGCACAGGUGGAUGACACGCCAUUGAUUCUGUCACUUCUGGAGGACCUGUCAAAGAAGGGCGAUGUUCCAGCAGAUGCGAUGAUGGACGUGGUGAGCUACAACUCUCUGGCAGAUGGCUGUGCCAAGAAAGGUGACCUCCCAGGGGUCCACAGAUGGAUUUCCAAGAUCGAGGCAUGUGGGAUGUCUCCAAACGUGGUGUCCUUCAACAUUGUCAUUGGCGCAUAUGCACAGCAGGGUCGCUUGCUAGAGGCCUCGCGAUGGCUGGGGAGAAUGCUUGAGUAUGGUGUUUGCCCAAACGUCCUCGUUUAUACCACCAUGAUCAGCGCCUGUGCCCGGCGCGGCGAGACCGCUGAAGCCGAAGAGUGGCUCUGGGAGAUGCACCGAUUGGCCUUAGAGCCGGUGGAAGCAACAUACAAUGCCUUGUUGAACGGCUACGCCAAGAGCCAGAACUCCCAGCGGGCUGCCCAGUGGCUGGAAUGCAUGGAAGCCAACGACAUCAAGCCCAGCAACGUCUCUUACACCACCAUCAUCGAUGGCUUUGCACGUGAAGGUGAUGUGGAUCAAGCAGUGCUUUGGUUCGAGCGCCUUUUAUCAGCGGAUCUCCAGGCCGAUCUCAUCGCUGGCAACGCCGUGCUCUCGGCCUAUGCUAGCCGUGGAGACGCGGCAAAGGCGAUGCAGUGGCUGCACAACAUGGAGCAGCGGAAUAUCCAGCCGGAUGUGGUGUCCUACAAUACCGUGAUAAAGGGCCAUGCGCGAAACCAUGAUCCAGCUGCAGCCUUGGAAUGGUUGGAGACUAUGCAGCGACAGAAGUUUGAGCCGAAUCUCAUUUCGUACAACACUGUGGUCGCUGCAUAUGCACAAGCAGGGGAUCCCGACAGCGUGGCGGAAGUCUUGGAACGAGCCUUGCUCGGUGCUUCGGUGGGUAGCUUCCUUAAGCGGAGAGCCAAGGAGCUGCCAAGGCUUCCAAGGAGCUAG